UGUUUCCUAGCAACAAGAGCAGGAAGAAUGUGUAAUGGAAUGGAAUGAAGGAGGAAAAAAAGACAAUUGAGGAAGACUUGUCCAUUAUCAAUAACAUUUUAGCUUUGUGCCCUCAUGGUGUACCUGCAGCCUUUCUACCCCAUAAAUUAAAUUCAUUUUCAAUGGAGUGGUACUAAAUGAUCCAAUCACAUUAUUGUGUUGCCUUCCUAUUUGGACCGUACAAUAGAUACGCUCUUGUUAUACGGAGGAGCUGGGAAUCUGAUGUAUUUUCCCCACAAUUGUCUUGCUCAAAUAUGUGCAGUACUAUCCUGUAAUGGCUAUGCAGGAGCCUGGCAGGACCAAAGGCUUCCCUUGCAAACACUGUGGCACAGUGUGCUCCAACAUGCCAAGCCUUCUGGAACACAUGGAUAGUCACUCCCAGCAAGAGGAAGAUCGCAAGUUCAAGUGCGAUGAAUGUGGGCGGGGUUACAGGCAUGCAGGUAGCCUCGCUAACCAUAAGAAAACACACGAGUUGGGUUCUUUUCAAUGUCCAGUAUGUGCUAGGAAGCUCUCAAACCCUCUGGCCCUGAAGAGCCAUCUGCGCAUCCACACAUCUCAGAAGAAGUACUCCUGCAUGGAUUGCGGGAAGGCCUUUAGGUUAGCUACUCAGCUGGCCACCCAUCAAAAGGUCCAUCUAUCCAGGCAGUCAAAGAGGAGAGCCGGUAGGAGGGCAGCUGCAGAAUAUUCUCCAAUUGAGAAUCAAGAUGAAAUUGAGGAUAAUGAAGACCUUCAUGAGCAGUUGGUCUUUGUGGCUGACCAGCAAGACACAAGGAUGGAUAUUAUAUCUGAUAAUGGCCUUAGUCAGGGGGGGGCAGAGAUUAUCCCCAUCUCAGCAAAUUACAGUGAAAACCUAGGCUCUGAUGAAGCAGGGGAUCGACCUUUCAAAUGUGAUCAGUGUGAAAAGUCAUAUAGACACCAUGGAAGCCUGAUCAAUCAUAAAAAGUCUCACCAAGUAGGGAUGUUUGAGUGCCCUAUCUGUUUCAAACAGUUCAAUAAUCUUGCUGCCCUCCAUAGUCACCAGAGAACCCAUAAGUCCAGAAGUGGGCCAGAUACCCGUUCCACGGAAGUCACUUACACAGGCACAGCACAAGAGCAGUUUUCGCCCUCAAACAGGGAGGCUGCUGUACAUUUCUGCCACCUGUGUCAAGUGAUGUUUCCUAAUGAUGAUGAGUUCCAGGAACACAUCCAAAUGCAUAAUUCUUCCUCUAUGUCAUUUGGGCACAUUCAAAGUUCAUCUGAGGGUUAUCAUGGCACUUAUGACCAUAGUGUCACUCAUUCUCCUGACUCAAACUUUCAUUCACCCCCUCUAAACAAUACUCCAUCGAUGGAUAAUCAGGGGGAGCAGAUCAACGAUGUUCAAAUAUACUCUGACCACUCCAGUAACGAAUCCAUCUUAAACACUCAGCAAGAGCCCUCAAUCUUGGAUUCUGAGAUUUCUGCUGACGAUCUAGGGAAGGCAGAACAGUCCUCAGUUUCAGAAAAUGUUGAGCGCCGCUUCAAGUGCCAGGUCUGUGGCAAAAGCUACCGGCACGCAGGGAGCCUCAUCAACCACAAGCGGUCUCAUCAGACGGGCAUUUAUCAGUGUUCCAUCUGCCGCAAGACUUACCCACACAUGGCUGCCCUCCGCAGCCACAUCCGCAUCCACAGGGCCCAUCCGUCCUCCUUCAACCUCAGCUCUGAAGGAGACUGGCUGUCGACCGAGCCCCUGACACUGGAGAACCAGCAGGCCUGCUUUUCCUCUCAGGAUGGUGAUGCUAGCAGUAUGAUGGCGCUCGCUCAGGAGACCAAGGGUGAACACGACAAUGGAGGAUCAUUCCACGAGCAGUUUGACUCCACCUUUCCCCAGGAAAGAACUGUGCACCUACCUCACGACGAACACCUGAUGGAGAGGCACAUGUGCGCCGACUGUGGCGAAACAUUUGCAGACAUCGCAGGGAUCAAGUCGCACAUAUGCCCCCAGCUACAACAGCAGCAGGAGGCCAUGUCAAAUGAUUGCGACAGUAACCUAACCUUCCAGGACACAAAUGGCCAAUGCUCCAUGGAAAAUCCAGGGGAUCAUGUCAAAUUCCAGGGACUGAAUGGCGGCCCUGGGCAUCGGUACUUUGGUGAACACAACUUCCAGGAAGUCAUGAAUGGGGAGCAGUUAAAUGGUGGUGAUGGCGAGGAGGAGGAUGAAGAUGAUGACGGAGAGCUCUAUCAGUGCUCAGUGUGUGGGAACCGCUACACAAGCAUGAGGGCUCUGAGGAGUCAUCUUCGUGGCCACACUCAAUCCCAUGACACUCCUACAAGCUCCGGCCCCUCCUCCAUGUCCUCCCUCGAGGCUGAAAAAGAGGAGGACCCUGGAGAGAGACAGCAGGUGGAUGGGGAUCUGAUGAUCUGCAGUACUUGCGGAGAGAGUUUUGCCAAGAAGCAGGACAUGCUUGCCCAUCAGCUCUCGCACCAUAAAGCACAGGCAGAUGACGCUAAACACGUACAUAUGGACAAUAGUAAUGGAGCUAGGCACAAAGAGGAAGUUGACAGCAUCAUCUGUGGAAAUUGUGGUACAUUUUGCACCAGUUACCAUCAUCUUGAGACACAUCAAUGUACAGCAAAUGGGCAAAGUGAAUCUAGUAAUGAGAGAACUGAAAUGGGCAACUCUGUCAACCGUAAAGAAUUAGGACCCAUGAAAGAGGAUUUAGACAAUGGUGAUCGCCAGUACAAGUGUGAUCAGUGUGGAAGAGCAUACAGACAUGCUGGCUCCCUUCUCAACCAUAAAAAGUCCCACAAAACUGGAGUAUUCCGCUGCAUGGUUUGCCAGAAGCGCUUCUACAAUCUACUGGCCCUUAAGAACCAUCAAAGGACCCACUUUGAUGUUAAGAGGCAUACUUGCAAUGAAUGUGGGAAGGCAUUCAAGAUACAGAAGCAGCUAUUGAACCACCUAAGAAUUCACAAGGAGAACAAGGCCAAAAUACAGGAGCUCAACAAUCAGAUUCAGGCCCUCAUGCAGAUGAAUGGGAACGGGUCAGAGGGAGGAAUGCACACGUUAAAUGCACCUGCCAACCAAGCCGCCACCACCACCCGCAGAAAGCGUAGACCAACCGUCAACCUAAAGAAACCCAGUGUGGGGGAAGGGGCUCUUACAGCGUCUCAGACUGAGGUCAAAUCAGAGGGGGCAGGCGACCCUCGCCCCUACUCCUGUGACCAAUGUGGGCGAACGUAUCGGCACGCAGGAAGUCUGGUCAACCACAAGAACUCUCACAAGACGGGUGAAUACUACUGUUCUGUUUGUAACAACACCUACUCCAACCAACUGGCUAUGAAGAACCACCUGCGCAUCCACUUCUCAGUCAAAAAACACAGUUGCCAACACUGUGGUAAGGCCUUUAGGGGAAAGAAGCAGUUGUCUAACCAUAUUUGCGCACACCUCCGAAAGGAUAUGCCUGGAGGGGUCAGGGGAAGUGGUCGCAGACGCGCUAGAAACAUUAAAUGUAAGCAGUGCAGACUGACAUUUGUAUCGGCAGACCAGCUCACAGCCCAUACCUGUGGGUCACUGGCAAAUUCAUCAGAGGGCAGUGAUGGACAAACGAGCAUGUCCUUGAAAAAAGAGGAGCGACCAUUCACCUGCAACAUCUGCAAUCGCAGCUAUCGCCACGCAGGCAGUCUCCUGAAUCAUAAAAACACCCAUAAGUCCGGCCACUUCAGCUGCACGUUCUGCUCUAAGCCCUUCUCCAACCCCAUGGCGUUACGCAACCACACACGAAUUCACACACAGAAGAAGAAACAUGUCUGCCUGACCUGCGGGAAGGCGUUUCGGCUGGCCAGUAUUCUCCAUAACCACCAGAAAGUCCACACCAGGGUGGCCAGCCACUUCAGCUGCCCAGACUGUGGCAAGAGCUUCCAGGGCAAGUCUGGGCUGAAGAGGCACCGCUGCCAGAGCAGGGGUCAGGAUGACUCUGCUAAAGCUGGUGACAGCUAUCACAGAGAUGGUGGUGGAGACAAGUGCUUCAUGUGUGACCUGUGUGGACGCUCAUACCGCCACUCUGGCUCCCUGCUCAACCAUAAAAAGACGCACUCCGAAAACCUCCACCACUGUACCUUGUGCCUCCAGACUUUCCCCGACCCCAUCGCCCUCCAUGUCCACUCCCAGAUGAAGCGCCACUGCUGCCCAGACUGUGGCAAGACCUUCUGUCUCGUCUCCCACCUGCAGAGCCACAUGGAGGUGCACUCCAAGGAACGCACCCUGGUCUGCAGUCCCUGCCAUCAGAGCUUCCCCAACCCGGCCAGCUACCAGCAACACCAGGACCUGCACCACCGGGCCCAGGAGCAUUACCAACAACACAGCAUGCAAUUAAAGGACAACCUAGGCUGGGGCUCGGAACUGGACCAACCCGUGGGGAUCCAGGGCAUGCCCAAGCUGGUACCGGCGUUUGCCCACAUGCACGGGGGCAUGCCCGACCCUCAGGACCAGCAGGAGAGCAACGAGGCUCACUGCACAGGGGUGAAGAGCCACGUGUGCGAGCACUGCGGCCGCACCUACCGCCACGCCGGCUCCCUCCUCAAUCACAAGAACAGCCACAAAACGGGCUCCUUCUUCUGCUCCGUGUGCCAGAAGGAGUUCACUAACCUGAUGGCCCUGAAGAACCACAGGCGCAUCCACACAGAGCCCAAGCGCUACCAGUGCCUGGAGUGUGGCAAGGCCUUCCGCGUGUCCACCCAGCUCAUCUGCCACCGGAGGAUGCACACCAAAGAGAAGCCUUUCUCCUGCCUGCUGUGCGACAAGAGCUUCUCCAGCAAGUCAAAUCUGCGCCACCACCAAAAGAUGCACCAGAGCGGUGCCCAGGUUUAUGAGUCCUCCUUCAGCAUGGAUGCUAACAGUUUCAUGGACUUGGACAUGGGCUCUUUUCUCUGAGUCGAGUUGGGAUUCAAAAGGUGAGGGUUUUCUUCAACCCCUCAGACCAUUGUAGAGUCGAAUACUUCUUAUAUUAGUCUCCCCUGGGCCCCUAUCAGUAAUUGUAAAGUGACGGGUGUUCCUCAAAGCCCCAGUAGAGACAGUGUUUAGUCUUGAUGCUGAGCUCUUCAAAGCUGCCUCACAAACGUUUCAUUUUUUUUGUUUUGGUCAUACACUUUUGGACUCGUGGAAGGAAUUCCGAUCUUACCUCUAGUAGGGAUUGUGACACUAAAAAGUCCCAGAUUGGAUUGAAUGUUUGCACAAAGCCAUUGAAUCGUUUAGCGCUACAGGAGUUAGGACUAUAGGACAUGAUUUAUUUCCUCUUGCUAUCUAUUACUGUGUUUUGUGCCUCCGUAGGUUAAUUUCUCUGCUGUGCUCAUCAAAAGUGUGGGCUGUAUAUUUGCCCUUGAAUCCUGUUCAGUGUUGCCAUAGGUUAGAGAGAUGUGGUCAAUUGACCUUUUGUGAUGUGGUUUCAAUAAGGACAACCCUGUCGCUUUAAAGGAGAUGACCUCUAGUCCUACCCAGAGGAUAAUAUCAAAGGUAUUUACUGAAAUCAUGAAAUCAAAUAUAUGGUUUUAAUAAUGAUAAUAUUUGGGUUCAUGUUUGAGGCAUUGUAUGCUAAAUGGACGUAUUUAAUAAUUUAUUCCUGUUCUUUUGAUUUAUUUUUCUGUGUAUACUUUGAUAGAUCACAGUUUUCAAUUAAUGUUAACAUGUAAAGAGAACAUUGACUCUUUAAAAAAAAAAAAAAAAAAAAUACUAUGUAGCGUCUAUGGAAAUUCCUCAAUCUAUAAUUCCAUUAUUCUCAAUUGGUGCAACUCCAAUACAGGUAGGAAUGCAUAAACCCAGGAUAAUGGUCCUGCUAGCACUCAGGUUUUUCAUCUUUAAAAGGAAAAUAUCUGACGUGCAAAACAUUGUAGAUGAUCAUCGGUGUCUGGGUUGGGCAUGACUUGUUUCUUUUUUACAUGCGCCAUUUCUCACCCAUGUCUUGUUCAAAUAAGAAUUGUAGCCUUUUGUCCAUAAUCCCCCCUUAAAAAUUGCAUGAAUGUUGCAAUACCAUACGCAUGCUUUUGACUUCUCAAACUUUUAAAAACAACGUUUGAGUGCUAGUUCUUAAAAUAUAAGUCAAAAGUGUAGCAUUAUUGUGGCGUGAAAUCCUAGUCUCCUAUUUCUCUCAUUUUAAUGGUUUAUUUUAUUUAUGUUGCAAUGGUAUUAUGGAUUAUUUUAUAACUUUGAAAAUGUGGAGAUGAAUCUACGGAAUCUUGUUCUAACCACUCACCUAUCACGAGCUUUAAGUGUUAGCAAAGUCAAUAUCGUUGGUUGCUAACUUCAACCAUGUUGACCUCAACGUUUAUCAAGAAGCAGGUGUUGAUGACCACUAUUUUGCGAAAUGGUUUGGUGUCUUUGGAAUCAGCAAAUUCUGGUCAUAACUUAACCUUUACAUAAACGUGCAAUUAUCUUUGGUUUACUAUUCCUACCAGAAAAAGUUUAGAAAACAAUAAGGUGCCUAUCAUACACAAAACAGUUAUUUUUCAGUCACACUGUACUGUCAAAUGUUUUGGAAAACACAAGUAGGACGCAGAGGCCCUUUUUUAGGUUUAAAACAGUGGAGGGCCUUUGUUUGAGGGUGUUGUAUCAGUACACCACAAGGUGUUUUUCUUUGCUUUCUUUAUGCCUUGUAUUUCAUAUAUUAUGAAUUGUAAAUAUUUUUGGGACCGGUAAGGUGUAUAAAAUACCUCAUCAAAGAGCCUUGCCAAUUCCUGAAACUGAUAUUUAAAGCUAUCACAGUUUAUUUAAGAGAAAUUAUAGCAUAUAGCUACAAUACACUGUAAUAAUUACAACUUUUAUAGUUCUCUAGGCCUGUAUCAUGAGCACAUUGUUAAUAAGGCGUCAGCUCCCAACACCUCAAAUUCUAAUUGCACGUGAGCAGUCGAGAUGCAUGCAAGUUGUUCUCCCCAUUCUACCGAUAUUGUAAGCAAUAGGUUGCCAUUUUAGAAAUGUUUAGUGCUCAUUUUGCCAAUAUAUUUUAGUAAGUUCACAUCUUGUGGUUAACAUUUUUUUUCUUCUCAUUGUUGUAUCAGACAUGCUUGUCCACUGGGUAAAAUUAUAUUACUUGAUUCAGAAGACAAACCACAUGGCCAUCCUGACACAGAGAUUCUACAACUCACACAAAAGGUUACUGCAGAAGUCAGAACUACUGUACACUUAGAAUAGCUUGCAUGGUGAUGGCAGACUUACCAACAUCUAAACAGAGACAGUCUUUUUUUUGUGUGUGUGUGUGUUAUUUGAAUUGGCAAUAAAUACAUUAUGGUUCAUUUCUGUAAUUCGGCUCUCAUACCCUAAUUACAUGAAAUUGCAACAUGUAUUUUAAGCCGUGAACAUUUGAAAUGGUCUGCAUGUAGAGAAUGAUGCCAGUUGAUCUCUGUUUAAACCUUGCAAGCGGGAAGGUGUCAGAUUUACUAUGAUCUCUUCUGGCACUUGUUAAUGUACGCCUCAUUUUGUGACAUGACUACAUGUGUCAUGUGCAUCUCCCACAGUUUUGUCAAUAUUUUAAAUAAGACAUUGGCUGGGUUCUCUACAUUCAUAGCAAGAAUUUCCUUUACAUGAAGUUACUGUAUAAUAAAAAUCAUAUGCCACA